AUGAACGUGUUUCAUGGUCCAGUGAACUACGUCCACCACACGAACAGCAUGUCGACUUCUCUAUUGGCGGAGGAAGAGGUGGUGAAAAGUCCGAGGAAAAUCAUUUUCUUUUAUGAAGACGUCGUCCAAGAGGUGGAAGUUCCCAAGGACGGAUUACACGAGUUGGAUACCCCAUCGAAAGGGAGAAACAAUGAUGACGCAGAAGGGAAUUACAAAAAUAGUUGUAAUCUAUGUGAAGAAAGCAGUGCCUUGUUUUUAACAGGUGGAGACAACAAACCGGAAGAGGAAGAAAAGCAUAAUGGACGGUUAGUUAACACAGAUAUAUUAAACGAUACUGUGUGUAGUUCACGUGGGAGGUUUGCAUUUGAAAGGGGGGAAGAUUCCAAGGUAGUGACUCAAGAGGAGGGCGAGCUGCCAAAUCAUUCACGCAGCAAGGACACGUUUGCUAAUGAGCGUAUUCAUGAAUCUGCAAUAAUCGGAGAAGGGUCAAAUGGGUACAUUUUCCAGACACAUGAAAUGGAGCAUGUGGACUUAUACACAGGGGAAGAAGCGGUGAAAGGGAAAAUGCCUGAAGGAAUCCGUGGCAUUAUUUUCACAUGUGACAGUGGAGAAUCGAGCGGGAGUUUUAUCGAAGGGAAUGAAGAAGACUCCCUGGAGGGAGAGAAGACGAUUAUGAUUCCUUCCAAUUGUGAGUCCUCCUCUACGGGGGGAGAUCCAAAUGGAGCAAAUAGUGCCUGUUCAUCUGAGUCUACAAGCAUAUAUCCACGUAGAAACGGCUUCGAUGGAACAGCUGUAGGGAAGGAGAAAGAACCGCGUGGGCAACCACCGGAGGGGGCAAUCCGUCCAAGUGAGCCGACAAGAACCCACGAUGAAGACAAAACGUCGGACUUGUCUUCCGAUAAUUUCGCAGACUUAAACCUAUCCGACAGUUCGAUCGGUUCAAAAGAGGAUGUAGUGCCUCCCUUACCAAGGGGUAGUGAGCAUCUGUUUAAAAUAGAGGACCAGAAAAACGAACAUGCUACAAAUGCAACACAGGAUUGGAUUAAGAAGUGGCAGGAUUGUCUCCAUGGCCCCAACAUAGGGAACGAAUUUGUGCCAGACAGGUUGGGAAAAUUACCUAAGUCCGACCACCUUGGGGAAGACAACCCCCAAACUGAACCCGAACCCGAACGGAGUAGUAGCGACCAUUUGGUUAGGAACCCCCCCGUUGAAAUCUCCAAAGGGGGAAACACUAAAAAUAAAAACACCAACAUUUACAGUGAACAAAUGAAGGGUGCAGCUUUUGAUUGUUCACAGGAGAGGACACUUUAUUACAACCCUGUCCUGGGGAGGAGAAAAAAGAAAAAAAAAAAAGCCCGACAAAAUGGACCAAUCGUUGGGAACAUAGAAAGUACAGCACACACAGGACGUUACGAUUGUGUUAACUCGAACCGAAUGAUGAGGAACACACGUGGGAAUAGUCACUCGAUGGGAACUUUAAAAUGUGAGGACGCCCCGUCAAGUAGUGACAUGAGGAAGACCUGCAUUUGCACUGACAGAGGUGGAAAAAAAACGAAUCCUAUUUGUAAUGGUAGAAGUGGCCACAUAACAAAUUGCAAUCAGUGCAGAUUGUAUGACCUGUUCAGGCGAAAUAACAGAGCGCUGUCGGAGGUUUAUUUUAACGUUGUGCCAAACUCAUGCAGGAAUGCCUCUCACGGGGGAGGUAGUAACCAGUUACAUAUCGACACAAGGGUGGCAAAUGGUGAGAAAGGGCAAUCACGAUGUUGUCUCCAUUCGAUAGAGGAAUCACUUUGUAAUGGUGCAAGAUGGGGUCCCACGUGGGAUUGCGAACAUGUGAACCAUAGUAACAUGUUCUCACGACGGGACCGCUACAGUUACCCCGAAAGUAAUGACAACAGGGGUGACUGUAAAAACUGCAAUGAUGAUGAGACGAACAUACAAGACAGCAUAUCCGUGUUGGAAGAGAAAUACGCCUCCAUCGAUGGGAGCACGGAGACGAUACGGAACGGUGUAAGCUGCGGGGGGCAGGUGGACGGAACCAAAAUGAAUCUCCCCUUUGUAAUGCCCUAUUACGACUGUGCUUCCACGCAGAAGGACAUGAAUAUCUACCCCCUCGGGCACCCUCCGCAGGGUGGGACAUGCAACAGCUGCUUCGAAAGAAGGUUAGCUCAAGUGAGUUCUCUUCAACGGGGAGAGACUUCCAGUUGGUUAAACAUGGUUAAUUCGAAUGGGCGUUCGUAUGGUGUUUUUCCCGCCUGCGGAACUUGUACUAGUGAGUCUGAUCGAGCCGUUUCGUCAUUCUUCCCGAGGGAGGUACCCCCCCACCAUGUGGGAAUGAAUGAGGACACGCCAAUUUGCAACUUUCCUUCGCGAUGCAGUGCGGCAUACGAAGGGUGGAUGGUCAGAAGGUGCUCCUUCUGUGCAUGCAGUUGCCGUAGAUGCUGUUGCUGUAGUUGCAGAUGCGAUGGGAGCAUUUUCGAGGAGGCGUGCAAAAUUGUGAAUUUCCGGAACGUGCUGGAUAACCGGCUGCCGUCGAACUACAUAGACGUCGACGCGAACCCCAAUUGGGUGCGAAGAAGCCUCCUCCAUUACGCUACCGGAAGUGGUGAUAGGAAGACACAGAAACAGCAGCGCAAGCAAAAAGUGGUUAGAAGUUCAAACAGUGAAGCAGACAAGUUGAAUGAUGUACCAACUGGCGACGAAGACCCUAUGGAGGACGAAAGAAAGACGAUCCAAAGAGUUGCACCUGGAAAGAGGAAACACCUCUUUCGCGGGGCCAACAUUUUUGGGAACUCAAAUGGGAGCGAAAAGGACAACAGUGUAUAUUGUGUGCCGAGUAAGGAUGAAGAAAUUUGCGUCUUCCCCCAGGAGGUGCAGAACAACCUGGAAGGAAUCAUCAUGGGCAGCACCAGCAGUGUGAGAAGUGAAGACCGUAACGUUGAUAGGUGCAUCCAGGAGAGUAGUACGGACUACCAUUGUGAGAGAAGUGCACACGGAAGCAACCCGAACGACACUCCCCCCGAUCGGAAGAAGAAAAAGGACAAAAACAGGAGCAGCCAAAAAGACAAUAGUGGGACAAAAAAGCAGAAAAAAAAAAAAAAAAAAAAAAUACUCAAUGUGCAAAAGUACUACGAAAGCAAUUCUACCAACCUGUUCUGGAGUGACCUCCGAAAUUCGAACAUGCCGCAGGUGGAACAGCUAACUGAGGUGGAACAGUUGACUGAGGUGGAACAGUUGACUGAGGUGGAACAGCUAACUGAGGUGGCGGAGCUUACCCAAGUGGACGAGCUUACUAGUACGGUGCACACAGGUGGAGCUAGCCCAGAUGAUACGCCCACCAUUCAGGAGGACAAGCAGUAUGACAACCAGCAUGACAACCAACAUGACAACCAACAUGACAACCAACAUGACAACGUGAACUUACAAAGUAGGCACAUAAAAAAAUACGAGCUACGGACCAAAAGAAGAGUUAAAUAUGCUUGGCCCUCCGUACUUAAGAAGCUAAGGAGAGACGAUUCGCGCUUAGUGUAUGAUCCCUUUUUGUACAAUAGCACGUGGCGGAUAAAAAAGGCAUGA